GAAUUGAUAAAAAGGUACAAGCCAUUAUUUAUGUAAACCUAGAAGCUCAGCCGGCCGACUGCGAAUUCAAUUUGGCUAUGCACUUUUCUUGUUAAAUUUCAAACAACAGUCAGCCGAUCGAAGUCGAACAGAGCACAGAAAAUGGGCAGGGAUGAGCAUAUUUUGAUGGUGCCAAUGAUGGCUCACGGCCAUCUGAUUCCUUUUCUGGCUCUAGCAACACAGAUCCAACAAAGAACUGGCUUCACCGUAACCAUUGCCAACACUCCUCUCAAUAUCAACUACCUCAAAUCCACCAUUUCCACGAACUCUAAUAAAAAACUACUUCUUGCAGAGCUCCCUUACAGCAGCUCCGAUCAUGGCCUCCCACCCAAUAUCGAAAGCACUGAGAACUUGCCUUUUGAUCUAAUUGGUACCUUUUUUUCAUCAUCAAAAAGCCUCAGCACCCCAGUUCAUAGACUCUUAAUAGAUAUCAAAGAGAAAGAUGGAAAGCCUCCUCUUUGUUUAAUAACAGAUGUUUUCUUCGGAUGGGCUGUGGAUGUUGCAAGAAGAGCAGGAACUAUCAAUGUUACUUUUACUACAUGUGGUGGCUAUGGCACCUUGGCUUAUUUGUCCUUGUGGCUGAAUCUUCCUCAUCGGAAAACAGAUUCCGAAGAGUUUCAUAUACCGGGUUUCCCGGAAAGAUGUCGUUUGCAUACCACACAAUUGCAUCGAUUUUUAAGAAUGGCCGAUGGAAGUGAUGAAUGGUCUAGAUUUAUGCAGCCACAACUUUCAGGGUCAUUGGGAUCACACGGAAUGUUAUGCAAUACAGCUGAAGAAAUUGAGCCACAAGCAGUAGAAUGGCUUAGAAAUUAUACAAAGCUUCCUGUUUGGACUAUUGGUCCUCUUCUUCCCCAACCUUUGCUGGAGAAAUCAUCACCUUCAGGAUCUACCGUUUAUAAACAACAUUCAGGCAAAACUCCUGGAGUAUCUUCUGAGAGGUGUGUUGAGUGGCUCGAUUUGCAAGAUCCUCAGUCGGUUCUUUAUAUUUCUUUUGGUUCACAAAACACUAUCAGCCCAUCCCAAAUGAUGGAAUUAGCUGGAGGACUGGAAAAAAGUAAGAUACAUUUCAUUUGGGUCAUAAGACCACCAACUGGUUUCGACUUAAAAGGUGAAUUCAAGGCUGAAUGGUUGCCUGAAGGUUUCGAAGAUCGUAUGACAAAAACUAAACACGGGUUGUUGGUGAAAGACUGGGCACCCCAGUUGGAGAUUUUAUCACACAAAUCGACGGGAGCAUUUUUAAGUCAUUGUGGAUGGAAUUCGGUGACGGAGAGCUUAAGCCAAGGAGUGCCAAUUAUAGGCUGGCCUAUAGCGGCAGAGCAAUCUUUCAAUUCAAAGAUGCUGGUAGAGGAAAUGGGUGUUUCUGUAGAAUUGACAAGAGGGUCGCUAAGUAUUGAAGGGAAAGAAGUGAAAAAAGUAAUACAAUUGGUUUUUAGUAAAACAGGGAAAGGAGAAGAAAUGAGGCGAAAUGCUUCAAAGAUUAAAGAGCAAAUAAGGGCAUCGGUGAUGGAAGAAGGAGAUGAGAAGGGAUAUUCUGUUAAAGCAUUGGAUGAUUUUUUGAGCAACAUUUUGUCAAGGAGAGAAGUGCAUUCAGUUGGUUGAAAUAAGUGAUCUAUAAUUUGUUUUUGUUUUUGUUUUUUAUUGUUCUGUUGGUUGAACAUGUCUAGAAGAAUAUUGAGAAUAAGAUUGAAUUUUAUUUGUCAGAAGAACAUUAUUUGCCGAAGCUGAGACUGCUGGAGCCAAAGCUGAGACUGUUGGGGGAAAAUUCAAGAAAUCAGUGUUUAUCUUAAAUUGAUCAUGUUUUGGUAGAUAUUUUAUGUCCAUGCUUAUAUUUGAACAUGUAUAAUUGGGAAAUUGUAACAUCAUAUUCUAGAUUCUUUAACCGAAUGAAACUAGUUUGUCCGUUCUAACC